GGCGGGAGUACUUCGUAUAUGAGGAGAGGAGUGAAGGGGUACCUGAGGCGGCAUCUGAUAUCGGUUUAUUGCGACUGCUGGCUGCUUCUGUCCCGUCGACAGGCUGGUUGUAUUCAAGGCUGCUGGUUGCAUCGUUUCAUCUCGUCGCUUUUCUCUUUCGUCCAGUUGCUUUCGCGUAGGGGUUACGUUGCUGAAGAUGCGUGGACUCAAUCUGCCGCACGCGGUGCUUCUCGCUGCUUGUGCUGGCUCCACAGCGGCUGCGGUGGGGAGUGGGCAUCGCGUGCUGCACGCUGCAACGCGGCGAUCAGAUGUGUCGAAGCGCGAUAUGAAGAUCGCGCAGAAGUUUGAGGCGGAGGUUGUGUAUGUCGGAGAAGAAAAUGGGUGGGAUGGCAGAGAAACUUUCGCAUCGUCUGUCAAGGUCGGGUCGAGAAAGCCGAUCCUGUGUCUGGAGGAGAUUGAGCAUCUUCUUGAGGAUGUGCAGUGUGGAAAUGGUGGGAUGAUGCUGCAUUUCGUCGAUGAGUCGGCUGCACGGGAUGCAAGAGCGGCAGCCCAUGGUGGACAUGGCGGCAUGGGCGGGCUGAUCAUCACGUCGCAUCACAGCUGCAACAGGGACGGCGAGCGGGCGGUUUACAAGGUGGACGACGUGUCUUUCGCUAAGAAAGGCGUGGCUCUUGACCUCGCCGUCACAGAAGCGCUGUGGCAGGACGCCUUCGACAACAUCGACAUCAACUUCGGACACACGCGGUACGACCACAUCUACAGAAGACACUCAGACUUCAUGCGUGCGCGCAAAAAGCGCCAGGACGAUGGUCUCGCGAUUCCCAUGGACACGCCCGACAACAUCAUAGACGUGACGCUCGACCUCACCUCGGAGCUGCUCAACAGGACAUUCACUGCCGAGGACUUCGUCACAGGUCUUGAGAGUUUCAUCAAUCUGCCCGUUGUCCCCACUUUGCCGCUCGAGAUUGGCUGCAAGAAUUGUUCCACGCGUGGUGAGAUCGUGAUCACACAGGGUGCGAUCAAAAUCGACACGAAGCAGAUCGACUUUGUCCCAGACUUCUUCGAUGGCGGUGAUGAUGGCAAGGAUGUCAACAGCAUCAUCACUGGCGGCGAGUUUGAUCUCGCAGUGAGCGGCUUCGGGGCACAUCUUGAGAUGUUUGCACGACCAGUCAAAUCUGGAUCUUACGAGAUUGCCCUGUUUCCGCUGCCGGUUUUGGGCUUCGUCAUUCCUGGUAUUGGCCAAGCGGGAGCGAGCUUCGAGCCCAGGAUCAGCGUGGAUUUCGACAUUGAUGGUGAGCUUGCCAUCAACUAUGGUAUUGAUGUUGCUAUUCCAGACGGUGCCGGAAUCAAGAUCGCACUCGGAGACCUCGCAAACACGACCAUCACUGGCAUUAAAGGCGCAACGUUGAAGGCACUACCGUUCACUUCCGAUGUCACUGAUGCCGAAAUUGCUAUCAGCGUCGCGUUCACGCCCACAAUUCCGAUCGGAUUCGAGUUCAGCGACAAGCUUAGCACGCUCGUCUCCGUGGCUCUAGAGCUGCCACGUCUCGAUGCGAAGCUGACGCCCAACGCCAAAGCGCAGUGCGCUCUGCUGGAUCAAGGCAACAAGACCAAGCCGGCUGAGAUGUCCAAGCCCAAGGAUGCGAACCUCAGUGGCCUUGUGCUAGUCGAAGCCAACAUCUCCGUCGUCGUGGAUGUGGCUGCAGACCUCACACUUCCCCUUCUUCCCGCGCCAUUCGACUCAGCAGGGACUACUGUGAACAUUUUCUCGACUGAGAUGCCACUCAUGACUUCAUGCGUCCGACCGGUGAAAGGCACGGUGAAGUUUACGCAAAAGUCGCCAGCGGCUACAAUCACGGCCGACAAAGCAAAUUACGCUCCACCCCCGACUUCAUCAUGCACAACACAUGUGGAAGACAAGCCGUGCGACUGCGGUACAGCGACCACGACUGUGUAUGCUGCACCACCUACAGACGCACCUGUCACAAGUGCAAACUACGGUGCUCCUCCACCUGAGCAAAGUUCUCCGCCGCUGGAAUUGACUCCCUACUACCCCGAGGUACCUACUCCUCCUGCUGAUCCAGAGACGCCAGUCGUCGAGACACCGAUAGGAGGUCAGGGCCCGACACCUCACUACCCCGAAUCACCCACCGACCCGGUCUUGACACCAACUGGAGGCGCGUACGGCCCCGGUGAACAGCCGCCGACAUCCACCCCCUGCACCAGCAGCGAGACUAUCCGCAUCACCGUCUCCACGCCCCCAGCGUCGUCCACACCGCCCCCCUUUACGGGUGCUGCGGUUGCGGCGUACGGGGCGCCUGAGAUGGGGUGGGGUGGGGCGUGGCGUGUUGGCGUCGUUGUGGGGGGCUUGGUGAUGGGCGCCGUGGUGGUGUGA